AUGGUCUGCGGGAUCGCAAAUUCCUGCCAGGAAAAUGAACCGGCGAUGGCGUUUGUCAACGUGCAGGCAUUAUUUGCAGUUGGCCAAUUUGUUCGUCUGCCCGAGAUGCGUGAAGAACUGCUCAAUGUUUUAGAUCAUAUGUUGAGAAUCAGCGGAUUCCCUUCAAAGGGCCUUCUAGUAGCCCGACUCAAAAAGUGCUGGGAGGAAUGA